AUGGAAAACGAGCUAAUACUUUUAAUCGUAUCUCGCUUUUUCUCCCAACUUGCUCAAACCUUACCUACCUCAUGGUCAUUACAAGAAAUAGAAAUACAGAAUAGAUACAGUCAUGACAAGACUGAUUCAAGUGUUAAUCUUUAUUGGAUUGAUUUCAAAGUUAUCGAUUUCUUAUCAAAACAAUUACAAGUUGCAUUACCUGGCCCAACAGCAAUAUGUGCAAACCCAGCUUUUUCUUGUGAUGCAUCAGGUAAUUUAGUGAAGCUUCAUAUUGAUUCAGCCACGGUUGUUAAUGGGCUUGGAAUGCCAGAUUACACACUACAAGGAUUCAACUUACCAGAAUUGACCGAUUUCUAUAUUAUUAAUAUGAACCCUGUUGCAAAUUAUUCAUUAAGUGUCUCUGCCAUGUUAAACAAUCCGCUUCCCAAACUCAAAACAUUUACAUAUAUGGACAUUUUCACCCCCAUCCUUCCAUUAACCUUUAAUCCAUCCGUUUUAUUCCCUGCCAUUGAAUCAUUUACUAUUGGUCAUGUUUCUUCACUCAAAUUAUUACCAUCGACCGUCAAUACACUCAUGACAAGAUUGGAUAUUACCAACUCUCAAAAUGCCGAUAUUGUUUUGAGUGGAACCAACUUUAAAUCUUUAUUCAAACUAAGUGCAGUUCUCUCUGAUUUAAAUGGUGCAUCUACUUAUACCAUCGAUCUACCAAAUCUAACUGAAUUUAAUAUUUCAAGUCAAGAAGCACAACCAACAGUUACUGGAAAUGUAAAUUUCAAUCUUGUAAAUGCGCCCAGUUUAAUAACACUCAAGAUUAACACCAAAUCAGUAUCUAUAUCACCACCUGAUCUAAGUCAUCUCACAGCAUUGACUGUUAUCAAUAUUACCAAUUCAUUGGAUAUGACUUCACUUGGUUUUACUAUUUAUCCACCAAAUCUAGGUACCUUUAUUAUUAAAGGAAGUUUAACACAAUUUCCAUUAGGAGUUUGGUCAAGAACUACUACUACGAUAUCGGUAUCUGGAAAUUUCUUGAGUGGAAUCAUUCCAGAUCAAUUUGCACUUGGAGCUUAUGGAGCAUAUAUAGAUUUUUCAUCCAAUAUCAAUAUUACAGGAGAUGUUCCACAAUCUUUUUGUCAAUUCCAAGGAUUUAAUGCACUUGGUACUUCAAUCACAAAUAUUCCAGAUUGUUUUAAAUGUUUCCCUGGUAGUGUCCCCAUUACAACUUCUUUGAUUGUCACUAUGCCUCCUAAUUGUGGUCAAAUGGUUUUACUUGGCCAAACAUUAUGGAGAACAUUUGAUAAUGAGACUAUAACCCUUACGGGUAGAAACCUCGGAUGGGGUACACUAGGUGAUAUAUCAGCCAAUUUGACAAUGAAAGUUGCAAACUCAAUGUUUGAUUAUAGAUUUGGUGCUGGCAUAAGAAGUGCUACCAUAUCUUUUUCAAACACCUAUGGAUACAUUAAAACUAUUUAUUGGGUGUAUGCCGAUAUUGACAUCGUAUCGACAUCGAGUGAACAAGCAAACAAUGGAACUAGAUUCAAUUUUACCCUCACUGCCAUUGAAUUGGUACCAGCUAUUCGAAUCGAUGGUGUCAUCUGUCUCGUCGACCAUUCAUCAGAUUAUCCACCAUUGGCAUCUUGUAUAUUGAAUCAAAUGUUACCAGAUGGAAAUGUCACUGUUCUCUUAUCGAAUCAAAUGACAUCUAAAAAUACAAAUAUUUCAUUUAAAUCAAGAUUCCCAUUUAUAACAUCAAUUCCAACAAUUAUAAAUGUUGAAAAUAAUUCAAAUAUUACAAUGAUUGGUGAUUUUGGACAAUUACCAAAUACACCCAUUCAAAUCAAGAUUAAUGAUAAUCUAUGUAAUAUUGUAGAUGUGUCUGGUAAUGGAACAAUAGUUGUUUGUCAAUUGGAUGCAAACGCAGUAUUAUCUGUUGGAAGUGCAAAUGUUUUUGUCAAUGUUGGAGAAUGGAAGUUUCAAUCAAGUAACCUUGCCGUUAUUGUAAAUACUAGCUCGCCAACAACCAGUGGAUGUGGUCAAGAUGGAUGCGGUACUCAUGGGACAUGUACCAACUCGACUACUGCGGGUGUAUUGGAAUACUAUUGUAAAUGUGUUGAUGGGUAUUACGGUGACAAGUGUCAGGGUACGGUCAACCCCGAUGCCAACCCAGUCAUUUCAGACACACCAACCGUGUCUUAUAAAAUCGGUGACUAUCAAUUCAACUUUACAAUCGUGUCAAUCCAAGAACUCGACCUUGACGAUCAAGUCAUCUACCAAUUUUUUACCAAUAAUUGGACAGUCACCAAUAACACGUGGAAUGAUACUGUCAACAGAGUUGAAUAUAGAUUGAACCAAAUCGAGGGACACGCCAACCAAAUCAUGUCGAUUAUAGAGUAUGCCAAUGUAUCUAGAUCAUUUGAAUUUGCAGGUGUCACCAAACAACUACCACCCAAUAGUAUCAAAGUGUCAAUGUCCAUCGAUCAAUGGAACUUCCAAUCUAGAUUGAAUCAUCUCCGAAUUGUAUUCACUACCAAACUAGGUGACCAAUCGGAUCAAUGUGGUAAUGACCGACAGAGUGUAGUCAUUGGACAAGAUGGGUCACUUCAAUAUCUAUCAGUGUUUCAAGGAGACGGUACAUUUUUCAAUGGUCGAUUCCUACAAGUAUCGAUCAACGAUGGUUUCCCAACCUAUUGUCGUAACGAAUUAUUAAAUGAUACAACUCAACUCUCUCCUCAAUCAGAUUUAUAUGUAGGUAUACAUAUACCCUAUGCACAAUACUCUUUAAUCGAUCCAGAUUUUUCAGCAUUGAUCAAUGUCGACAACAAUGAUUCUGCUGGGUGUGACAAAGACAAUUCAUUUGCAACAUGGAAGAUUGUUGUGAUUGUCGUUGUGGUUGGUGUAGUUGCUAUAGCUGUUGCCACUACAUCCAUCCUCUUUUACAGAUCAAACGCAAGAAAAAGAGCAUACAACAAAGCAAUGGAAAAGAUGAAUAGAUUAAUCAAACUUUUAACAACUACAUCUACUCCUCUUUUGAGUAGUGGUAGUGUAGGAUCGACGACGACGACGACUACAACGAUUUCGACAUCAACAUUUAAUAGAAUCUUAUUGUCGAAUCGAAUCACAUCACUGUCUGCAUCCUUUUUAAAUACUUCAUCUUCAUCUUUUCAUUCAACAGGAGUAAGACUAUCCAGCAAAAGUAAUGGAAGCACCGAUGGUGGUAGAAAAUCAAGAAUUGCAUCAAUAGGUUCACUCAAAUCAUCAAGGGAUGACAGAGACAGCAGCAGAGACAAUAGAGAUGGCGGCAGCAACAGAGACAAUAAAUACAACAGAAGAGAUAGAAAUAGAGAUGAUUAUUCAAAAAGAUUAUCACCAUCAUCGUCAUCAAGAUUUAGAUUGGCCAAUACUGACCCACAUACUACAAGUUUCAAGACAAAGAGUAGAUUCACACAACAACCUCAAGAAAGAGACAAUAGAGGAGGUGAAAGAAGAUUGGGAGGAGAUAAUAGAGGAGGAGGAGGAGGAGGAGGAGGAGGAGGAGGAAGAUCAUUUGAUUCUUCAAGUCAAAAGUAUAGACCCAAGACAGGUCACUUUCACUCUUCCAAUCCUGUCAAUUUCAAUUCAAGUAAAGUGAUUGUAGAGGAAACCGACGAUGUAAAGGUAUUCCAAAACAAAUCAACCUAUGUAGAUGGUUUUGUACCCGAUCAAAAGGGCACUGGUUCUGCAUUUGCACGUUUGGGUGUAUCUAAAAACUUGAUGGGAGGUCUAAAGGAGAUGGACAUUUCUAUUCCAAGUCUCAUCCAACAACUUGCCAUUCCAGAAAUCAUCAAGGCAAACAAUGACAUUAUAUUUGUAUCACAGACUGGUACUGGCAAGACAUUGACCUAUCUCUUACCCAUCAUCCAAAAUAUAAAGAAACAAGAAAAGUUGGAACUGGAUCAAUAUAUUGUUGAACAAGAACAAUUAAAACAAAAUCUACAACAUCAACAACAACAAACAAAUACAACUGCAAUUAAAGAUAUUGAAGAUGAAUCUAUCGUAGAAGAGGAAAUCAAAGAAAAUGAAGAAGAUUUUGAAGAAGAAGAAGAGGAAGUAGAACAAGAAAAAGAAGAAGUAAAAGAGGAAGAAGAAGAAAAGAUUAAAAUGAAACCAAGAUUACCAAAAAGACCAAGAGCUAUUAUUUUAGUACCAACCAGAGAAUUGGUAUUACAAGUAACUGCUGUAGUUAAAAAAUUGGCACAUUAUGAAAAGGUAUCAUGUUGUGGUAUUUCAGGUGGAGGAGGUGAUAUUACAAAAUAUUUACAAAUGUUUAGAUCAAAGCCAGUUGAUAUUGUAGUUUCAACUCCUGGUAUUUUAAUUUCUUUAAUUGAAAAGAAGAAUAUUGUUGUAGAUGAAGCCGAUUCAAUGUUUACACAAGGAAAAGGUUUUGAUGAUGAUAUGAAAAAGAUUUUGGCUCCAGUUGAAUAUAGACUCAAGAAUAAGCAUGUCGAAGGAUACAAAUCAAUCUAUGCAACCAUUUGUAGUGCAACACUCACUCAACAACUCUUGUCCAACGUUCAAUCACUUUUCCCAAAUGUUGUCAAACUUGCAACUCCAACCAUUCACAAAUCUCUCAAUACCCUCGAACAACAAUUUAUUUCUGUUCAAGGUGGUGAUAAACACGAGGCAUUAAUGAGAGCCAUUAAGCCAUCACAAAGUAAAAGAGUGUUGGUAUUUUGUAAUUCACCCAAUUCAUGUCGAUCAACCGAAUACUUUUUAACAGAGAAUGGGUUCAAUGCAACUUCACUGCACGGUGAGAUUCCACCAAAGACACGUUCCAAAAAUUGGAGACAAUUCCUAAACAAUGAAAAGUCGAUUUUGGUAUCGACCGACAUUGCAUCGCGUGGUAUUGAUGUUAGCUCGGUUGACCAUGUCAUCAUUUUCGAUUUCCCAUCCAACCCAAUCGACUAUUUACAUCGUAUUGGACGUACGGCUCGUGCAGGUAAAAAGGGAACUGUCACUUGUAUCAUUGCCAAAAAGGAUCAAGUCCUAGCAAACGCUAUCCAAGCUGCUCUUAAACGUGGUGACAGUCUAGAAUCUUUAUCUUCAAACAAAAAAUUAAAUCCUAAAUUGUACAGAUAA